GUCGUCAUAACAACGCCGCCGCCCAGGCUGGGGGUAAAGAGCAUGCGGAGCACCCCUGAGGAAGCCGCCCGGCCCGAGUCCGGGGCCCCUUGUCCCGUCCCCUCUCCCGCCCCUGCUCUCUCCUCGACUGCGACCGGUGGUUGCGAAGAUCCCACACCUAUGGGCAAUCUCCAAGGAUUUUAUUCUAAUAAAUGUAUAGAAUUGUCUCAGAAAACCAACCCUUACAUAUUGCGUAUACUCCAAGAAGUGGAUGAAGAAAUUGAAAAAGGACUGGAAGGAAUCACAUUAAACAUUGCUGGUAAUAAUCGCUUAAUACCAGUAGAAAGAGUAACAGGUGAAGAUUUUUGGGUUCUUUCUAGAAUUUUAAAGAACCCACGUAUUACUGGUUUGGAUGCUAGCUAUAAUGUGAUAAGUGAUGUUGGCGCUUACUAUGCUGCAAAACUGCUUCAGAAACAAGUUAAUCUCACUUAUUUAAACCUUAUGUUUAAUGAUAUUGGACCUGAAGGUGGAGAAUUGAUUGCUAAAGCACUACAUAAGAAUAAAACUCUGAAAUAUCUAAGAAUGACUGGAAACAAGAUUGAAAAUAAUGGUGGAAUGUUUUUUGCUUCUAUGCUACAAAUUAAUUCAUCUUUAGAGAAAUUGGAUCUGGGUGACUGUGAUCUGGGAAUGCAAAGUGUGAUAGCAUUUGCUACUGUACUAACCCAAAACCAAGCUAUUAUGGGAAUAAACCUAAACCGGCCUAUACUGUACGGUGAGCAGGAAGAGUCUACAUUUCAUCUCAGCCACAUGUUGAAAGAAAAUCACUACCUUGUUGAACUACACGUGUGUAAGCAUGGUAUUAAAAAUUGUGGUAUGAAACAGUUAUGUGAUGCACUGUAUCUGAACAGUAGUCUACGUUACCUUGAUGUCAGCUGCAAUAAAAUAACUCAUGAUGGAAUGGUGUUUUUGGCUGAUGUACUGAAAAGCAACACUACCCUGGAAGUAAUAGAUCUUUCUUUCAACAGAAUAGAAAAUACAGGAGCAAACUAUCUCAGUGAAUCACUCACAGCACACAACAGGAGUCUUAAAGCGCUGUCAGUUGUCAGCAACAGCAUAGAAGGAGAAGGGCUUGUUGCACUUUCACAGUCAAUGAAAACAAAUCCCAUAUUCUCUCAUAUCUAUAUUUGGGGAAACAAAUUUGAUGAGGCUACAUGUGUGGCAUAUUCAGACUUAAUUGAAAUGGGCCGUCUAAAACCAGACAAUACAGAUGUGGGGCCAUAUGUGGUAGAUGGACGUGUGUAUCUUGCAGAAGUAUCUAAUGGCCUGAAAAAACACUACUACUGGACACCAACUUAUGGAACAUCCGGUAGCCACUCAUCUACUAAUGCAGGUUUCACUCUUGUACCUGUAGGUCAACAUCUGUGAAAAACAUCUUGAAGAGUUUUCACGUAUUUAUCUUACCACUUUCACAGAGAUUAAUACAAUUUAUAACCCAUUAGAUUUUUCUUUCAUAAAUUAGGACAAAUUACUUUUGUCAAAUGUGUAAAAAAUAUGACUAUAUUAACCUUUAUAUAAUUGUUCAUUGUGAAAAGAGUAGUAUAAUUUUUUAAAAAAUUUUAUAAAAUAGAGACUUAAAAUUUUAAGCCUAGAGAAAGAAGUUAACAAACUGGUUUCUUUUCAAAAUGAAAAGAACCAAGUAGUGAAACAGGAUAUAAGGAAAGGGAUUAUAUGUAUCUUAACUGAAAGUUGUCAUGAUUUUAUAUAUUUAGGUAUGACAAAUAGGAAUUGAUGCAAUCUCACAAAUACAAAGACAUACAUAUAUAUACACAUAUACACAAAUACAUAUAAACAAAUGUAUACUUUCCAAACAAAUCAAUGCUGCUGUGGAAAAUUUUUUAAAUAGUUCCCUUUCAAAGGAGCCAAUAACAAUUUAAUGAUUUUAUGGCAAAUUAAUAUUGUCAUCAUGGCCAAUCUUAUUUUCAAAUUAAUUUUCCUAUGAAGGGGUAGUAGGCACAAUGUCUUUUGAUUACAGACCUAUAUUCACAAACUUUAUUAAUUUAUAUAUAUCAAGAAUGAUUUAUUACUGCCCAAGUCAGGCAAAGUAUGAAAAAAAUAUGCGGACAAUUUAAAAAUUUUAUUUUAAAUAAAGCUGAGUUUCUAUAAGUCUAAAAUACCAUCUAUCUAAAUUUAGAAAGUGAAGACACAGAAUAAAGGAGAUGGUCAACUGUAGAGUUGUCGAAGUAUUAAUCUUCACUAAAAGUAUUGUGAAUUCCUUAGAACACAGCUGUAAUUAUUCUAAAAAAUUAACAUUACAAAAAAUUACAUCUGCCAUUGUCCAUUCUUUCAGUAAACUAAAGACAAAUAUCCCCCACUCACCAUUUUAAUGAUUUUUAAAAGCUUAACAGAUUUUUCCUUAUAUUCAGCACAUAAUAACUUUCCUUACACCCUGGGUUGGGGGUAAGAGGGUGUACAGAUGGCGAUAGUGGUGAUGAAAUGGGAAGAGCAUCUGAAUAAACUGUGUGAGGCUUUAUUUUCACUUUAUAAAUAGGCACUGAGCCAAGAAAGACCUAAAUGCCUUAUCAAUCCAUUUGUGUGCUCUUAGAGAUGAAUUUGAAUCUUCCAGGACAAAUGGUUGCUGCUGCAUUGGCUCUCUGCUGAUAAAUGAAACCUUAAAACAUCUGGAGUACUUGAAAAAUAUGCAGCAGUUCAUGUUAAUGAUAUCACAAUGUGUGAAAUGGAUUUCAAGGUUUUUAGAUAAAUCUUGUUUAUAUGUUACAUUAAAGAAAACCACUACAAUCUUAUAAUGCAAUUUUAGAAAUAAUGACCUUCCAUUGAUGCAAAAAAUGUUAUUGAAGAUUUGUUGUCAAUAAAUGUUUACAGUGGGAACAAAAGCGUAUAAACCACAGAAUGCUACAAGGAACUUUAUCCUGACAUUUAUACAGGUUGAUUUUACCAGUUACUGACUUUACUCUUGUUUUUUUUGUUUUUUUUUUUUAAUAAAACCUUAC